AUGAGCACUUCUUCCGCUGCAUACGCCAAGCUAGAGCUCUUAACGCAGAAAGAAAGCCUGUUUGCCGACGUGAAGCGGAAGAACGACGCCAACGAAGCGAAACAGCCUGAAGGAAAACGGGUCCAGGCAAUCACGCUGAGCGAGGAGCAAAAUCAGGUGAUUGAACUUGCAAGGCAGGGCCACAACUUGUUUUAUACUGGUUCUGCAGGUACCGGUAAGUCUCUUUUGCUUAGGUCAUUGAUCAAGUCACUGAAAAAACAACAUCCGCUGGGAAGCGUUGGUGUCACGGCCUCCACAGGGCUCGCUGCUUGUAAUAUAGGAGGCCAGACACUGCAUUCUUUUACUGGCAUUGGAUUAGGUGAUGCGCCUGCCGAUAAACUAGUAAAGAAAAUUAAGCGGAACUCUAAAAUGAAGGACAGAUGGAGAGAUCUGGAAGUGUUGAUCAUAGAUGAGGUUUCUAUGAUUGAUGCAGCUUUAUUUGAUAAGCUGGAUAUGAUUGCUCGCGAAAUGAGAAAACGGCGAGAUGUUCCAUUUGGAGGACUUCAGUUGGUUAUUUGUGGAGACUUUUAUCAACUACCCCCAGUGACUAAGAAUGGCGAACCGGUUUUUGCAUUUGAGUCACAAGCGUGGAAACAAGCCAUCAAGUACACAAUCGUCCUCAAGAAAGUUUUCAGGCAACAAUCGGAUCGCGACUUUAUCAACAUGUUGAACGAGGUGCGUAAUGGAAAUGUCUCCGAAGCCACUGCAAGAAAGUUUAAGGCUCUUUCACGUCCUUUGGCUUCCAAAGAAGGUGUGAUUCCUGCGAAAUUGUUUCCCACGCGACGGGAGGUUGAUAGAGCCAAUAGCACGAUGUUGAAACAGCUUCCGGGUGCGGAAGUUGUCUUCAGGGCUUUUGAUGGAGGGUCACUAACCGAUGAAGAUCAGCGGCAGCGACUGUUGUCAAGUUUUCUCGCUCCUGAACGAAUUGCCCUGAAGAAGGACGCUCAAGUGAUGCUGAUCAAAAAUAUGGACGAAACUCUAGUUAACGGCUCCUUAGGCAAGAUUGUGGACUUUAUCGACCCCGAUACUUAUUCCCAUUAUCGAUCAAUCAAGAGUGAUAAGAUCGACAUCAAGACAUUAGAGGAAAAGGCUGCCAACUCGUUGAAUAAGGGCCCUUCAAAGCGAGACGAAAAACAUCUGAUUGAGGAUUCUACCGUUUUAGAAAGCCAGCUGGAUGAGAAUGUUUUUUCGUUUUUGAAAGAGCUCAAGGAAGAACAGCCCGAGGACCUUCCUGAGUCUGCGCAGAAGAACAUAGAGCGCAAGAUAGAGUUAUUGAACCAGCUUUACAGCAGCUCUAAAAACAGACGAAUGCCUCUGGUUCGUUUCAUUCAGGCCGAUGGAACUACUCGUGAGGUGCUGAUUGAGCCGGAAACGUUUAGUCUCGAGGAUGAGUUUGAAAGGCCAAUCGUGUCCCGUACCCAAAUCCCGCUAAUUCUCGCCUGGUCAUUAAGUAUACACAAGUCGCAGGGACAAACUCUUCCCUUGGUCCAAAUUGACUUGCGGAAUAUUUUCGAGCGCGGCCAGGCCUACGUUGCACUCUCGAGAGCUACACACAGGAGAGGAUUACAGGUGAGGAAUUUUAAUCCUUCAAGGAUUCUCACACACGAGAAAGUGGUUGCCUUUUACAAUAGUCUGAUGACCGUGGACGAAAUCAAGGACCGCGAGGAGAGCAAGCGCAAGACUAAAGGUUUUGUUUCGGGUACGCAGCUAAACCGAUUGGAGAAUUUGGCUGAAAAUGUUGCGGAUGCGGGCGAUUUUGUGAAUGAGAAGGAUAAUGUAAUAGAUGAGUUCGACUCCGUAUGGAGCGGACAGUAA